GACGUCACCGGCUAUGCGUACAACGAGAUGCGCUACGAAGAGAUCACAUGGAAAGAGUUCAUCAACGACUACCUGAGUCGCGGAGUUGUGGACAAACUGGAAGUGGUCAACAAGAAGUGGGUCCGCAUUCGGUUCGUGUCGGGCACUGGCGGUCGGGGCGGAGACGUCGGUAACAUCUUGUGGUUCAACAUCGGUUCGGUGGACACGUUUGAGCGCAACCUCGAGAACAUACAGCUGGGGAUUAAUGUCGAGCCCAAGGACUUUGUGGCCGUUGUCUACAAGACCGAAAUGGACGGGUCAAAUGUGGUCAGUUUUAUACCGACUCUACUAAUCAUUGGUUUCCUGGCGUUGUUAGCGAUGUGCGGUAUGUGUUGGGCCGGACGUAAGGGCGGAAUGGGAGGCAUCUUCGGUAUGGGAGAGUCCACCGCCAAACUCAUCAACCCAUCAGAGAUUGGCGUCAAAUUUAGGUACAGUUUAAACGACCACUACAGACAUGUGAUCACUCUAUCUAUACGCGUGUGUAAACGGGUUGAUAAUGUGGUGAACAUGAAGUUAUGGUCACUCUAUACUAUAGAGUCUAUAGGUGACGUUGCCGGCUGUGAGGAGGCGAAGGUGGAGAUCAUGGAAUUUGUGAACUUCCUGAAGAACCCGCAACAGUACCUCGAUUUGGGCGCUAAGAUACCGAAGGGGGCGCUACUGACGGGCCCUCCCGGCACAGGCAAAACACUUCUGGCCAAAGCCACUGCGGGUGAGGCGGCCGUACCCUUCAUCACAGUCAGCGGUUCCGAGUUUUUGAAGAUGUUUGUGGGCGUCGGGCCCUCACGAGUGCGCGACAUGUUCUCAAUGGCCCGAAAGAACGCGCCGUGUAUUCUGUUCAUCGACGAGAUCGACGCCGUCGGUCGCAAACGCGGCGGCCGUUCGUUCGGCGGUCACUCCGAACAGGAAAACACAUUGAAU